UGGGAGGCUCGUCUCGAUGUGAAGCAAUUGCAAGGCUGUACAUGGCGUGAUCCUGCCGGCGUUGCAGCCCUGCGACUUCCACCACAUGCGAUUGCAGCGAUGAACCUGCCCUCAACGCCCUCUCGGUCUUUCCACUUCUCCUGUUGCCAAUGCAACGGUCAGGAAGAUGCAAGGCCUAUUUCUUCUCCUCUCCUCGAUCUUCUCUUCUCUUCUCUCUCUCCACCAUCAUCUUCCCAGCAUCAGCAUCCAGCAUCUUCGCUCGUCUCAUCGUCCACAACUUUCACACAUCCAUCCAUCCACCAGCAUCAAUCUUCACAACACCAAUCAACCAUGCAUAUCAACACCCUUGCCGUCGUGGCCGCGGCUGCCCUGUUCAGCAGCGUCUCUGCGUGGGACAUCCACGACCGCGACAUCAGCUGGUGUGGGCCUUGUAAUGAUUCGCCGAGGGAGAAGUGGAGCUUCGUCGAGUCCUGGUUCUGCGAUUGGUUGAUCGACUCUGGAACGUGUGAUCUGGACACACAUCCAGACACAUCUCCCCGCACAAAGACGACCUUCGAGUACCACACUCACACUGUCACUGAUCGCCGCCGGGAUGCUGCCGCAACCCCGACAUCCGUCGAAGACAUGGUCAUCCCUCACCUUCAGCAUGUGCCGGCGGCACUCUGUGAGGGCUUUCCCAAAGGCAUGCGUCCAUCUGCAUGCAGCGUGAUCAGCGAGGCAACUCCUUCGAAGGUGCGAGCUCGUCGCUGGGAGGCCGAGACCGAGACCGUCACCAUGCGCAUCUACGAGACUGAGACCUCCACCGUCAUGUCCAUCCCGACUUGGUGCCUCAACACUCCGACCGCCACGCAUCCAGCUCCGACCACCUGGCCGGGGAUGACUACCCCGGCGCCGCCCCCUCACACCGAGCUUCCCCCGCCCGUCUGGACCAUCCCGACACCCCCUCCUCACUUCGAGCUUCCUCCCCCGGUCUGGCACACGCCGGCACCGUCUCCCCCUCAAUCUCCCGUGGUCAGCAAACCGACGACCUCCGUCGUCACCAUCACCAGCGAGGCAUGCACAACCUGCACUCCUCACAUCUGGACCAGCACGGUGAGCCUGCCUCUCAGCCCGGUGCCGACGCCAUCAAGCUCUCACUACACUUGGUCGUCUCCACCGUCCACUCCCUCCUCCUGGUCAUCGACCACACCAUCGUACCCCUCAACAUCCGCUCCAGUGCAUUCGUCUACGACUACACCGGCGGCUUACUCGCCCAGCACCACCGUCAGCUACUCGCACACCACUCACACCUACGGCACGAUGAAGCCGAUUUACACGCAUCCGACGUCGAUCACGCCGCCUGUUCUCGGCGGCGUGGGCAAGGUGGAGGGCAGUGUGUUGGCUAUGCUGGCCUUUGUUGCGGCUGCGGUCGUUAUUCCCGCAUUGUGAUUGCACUUUAGCUUGCUUGUAUUAGUUGACGUCGUCAGAGAUUGAUAGAAUGAGUUCACGAUUACCGUCACCGAUGCUUCAUCUCGUUCAUCUGCUCAAAC